AUGAGCUGCUUUAAAGCAUGCUGUGAGCUGAGCUGGCUUAGAACAGCUCACACCAUGAAACGCUCGCAUUCCCUGGCGAAGAAUCAGUUCUUGCGGCUUUGCAUUCGCAGCGCAUCUGGCGAAGUGCUGGUGGAAGAAGAUGAUGUUCCUUGCGACAAACCAGUCUACGAAGUCGCACAUCUGCUAGGCACAGCAGGCCUUCGCAGUACCCUUGUCACUCCUGGUGGCAUCCAGAUGUCUCCAAGGAGUACCCUAAGUGAUUGGAUAGCGACCGAGAGUGAUGCUUUGACGCUCACAGCUGUGCAUUGCAAGCUGCCGCGUCUCUUCGCAACUGCGGGGGCCUUUGCGGCCUUGACUCUUUCAGGAGACAUCAUCUCUUGGGGUAAAGCAGACUGUGGCGGUCUCAUCUCCCCAGCCAUUCGCUCCCGUUUGGGAGAGGUGCGAGAAGUGUGUGCUGCAAAAUAUGCCUUUGCGGCUGUUACGCAGAGAGGUGCUGUUAUAGCCUGGGGAAACAUGCGAUUGGGUGGCUGUACAAGUGUUCUGAGCGAUUCGAAUAAUGGGACAAGUCCUGUCGACGAUUCUUUUUUGCAACGGGAUAUCGUCAAUGUGUGCGCGACGUGGCACGCCUUUCUUGCAUUGCGCAAAGAUGGCAAGGUCUUCAGUUGGGGCUAUACUCUCUGUGGAGCAGGCAACCGUGCAGUUGAGAGGUAUUUGCAGGAUAAGACUGUAAUUCGUACCAAGGCCGGUGUUGGCAUGUUCUGCGCAUUUCUCUCAGACAGCAAAGCCAUCCUGUGGCGGGGUGGUAAGUAUGACGUUUUUGAACAGGUUGUCGAUGUGGCUCUUGAAUCCGGGGGCCACAGCGACAGCGCAAUUGUGCUCAAGGCCGAUGGUUCGGUAGAGACAAGUUGGGGGCAACGAAUCAUCAACAACUUGCCGUAUGUGAGCAUCUUUGCUGGCACGUAUGCCUUUGCUGGAGUAUGCCGAGACGGCACAGUGACAACUUGGGGAGAAGCCAAUCUUGGAGGUGAUAGCACAUCCGUCGAAGCCGACCUUUGCAAUGUGAAGAGCUUUUGCAAUAGCUGGGGCGCAAUGGCUGCCAUCCGCUCGGACGACACUGUGAUAGCAUGGGGGUGCCCACGGUAUGGAGGGGAUGUGGCUGCAAUCAAAGGCCAACUUCUGGACGUUGCCACGCUUGUCUCCAACGAAGGCGCCGCUGGCUUUGUUGCUUUGAAGCGAGAUGGCUCGGCAUUUUCCUGGGGUGAUGUGGAAGUUGACUGGCCCAGGCUUCGAAAGGUUAAGCGUGUCUCUUGCAACGGGCUUGCUUGGGCUGCUGUCAUGUUAGAUGGCACGGUUGUGGCCUGGGGCAGCAGCAACAGCGGCGACGCGACACUGAAUGCAGCAUCGAAGCAUGCAUUGCAUGGACGUUUUGCGGAGGAUGUUUGCGGAACUUCGUGGUCUAACAAUGACAGGCUAGGUGCUUUUGCCUGCUUGUGCAGCGACAACACGGUUGUCACCUGGGGAUCCACAGAUGUAGUGCCAAACGGCUUUCAGCUGGUCGCUUUGAGCUGA